GCUCUUAGAGGCCGAGGGAGAGGAUGCCGUUGCCACGCAACGCCAAGAUGCUGAGCACCAAGCAGCCCCGAGCAGGCAAGGCGGGCCCUGCCGCAGAGAAUGCCAAGCCUGAGAAGGAAGAGAACUGUCAAGCCAAGAGGUCUCCAUCCUCACCCCAGGGCGGGCCCAAGAAGAGGUCAGCAUUUGGGGACAUCACCAAUGCUCACAAGAACCAGGUGAUGGCAGGGAAGAAGGAGGCUGUGAAAGUGGCACCACACAAGGCACAGAGGGCCCUGGGGGUUGCCAAGAACAAUGAGAUCAACCUGAAAAAGUCAAUGAAGAAAACUCCCCCUACAGAGGCUCCUGCAGAGGCCAAGGAGGAUCCUGUGCCAGAGGCGCUGGUGCCUGCGCAGGUACCAGAAGUGGAGGACAUAGACAAGGAGCAGCUGGGAGACCCCUAUGCCAAUGCAGAGUACGCCAAGGAGAUCUUUGAAUACAUGCGGGGAAGAGAGGAGAAAUUUGUCCUCCCCAACUACAUGGAGAAGCAGACAGACAUCAGCAGGGACAUGCGUGCCAUCCUGGUGGACUGGAUGGUGGAGGUGCAGGAGAACUUUGAGCUGAACCAUGAGACUCUGUACCUGGCCGUGAAGCUGGUGGACCACUACCUGGUGGAGGUGGUGAGCAUGAGGGACAAGCUGCAGCUCAUUGGCUCCACCGCCAUCCUCAUUGCCUCCAAAUUUGAGGAGCGGUGCCCACCGUGCGUGGAUGACUUCCUCUACAUCUGUGACGAUGCCUACAAGCGGGAAGAGCUCAUUGCUAUGGAGAUGAGCAUCCUCAGCACCCUCAAGUUCGACAUCAACAUCCCCAUCCCCUACCGGUUCCUGCGACGCUUUGCCAAGUGUGCCCGUGCCACCAUGGAGACACUGACGCUGGCCCGCUUCCUCUGUGAGAUGACCCUGCAGGAGUACGACUAUGCCCGGGAGAGCCCCUCCAAGCUGGCCGCCAGCUGCCUGCUGCUGGCACUCAUCAUGAAGAACCUCGGUGGCUGGACCCCCACACUGGAGUACUACAGCGGGUACCGCUCCCAGGACCUGCACCCCCUGGUGAAGAGGCUGAAUUUCCUGCUCACGUACCAGCCCCACGACAAGCUGAAGGCCGUCCGCACCAAGUACUCACACAGGGUCUUCUUUGAGGUUGCCAAAGUCACCCCCAUGGACAUGCUCAAGCUGGAAGAGACACUGAAGAGCUGCUAGCACUGUCCCUGUAAAUA